AUGAUGCGAAUCCCAGACCUGACGGUCGAGCCGACACCUCCUGCCCCACCCGAGAUCGACGGCUAUCUCAAGAAACUAAAGCGUAAGACGAGAAGUCUCGCUGGCAACUGGAACAAACGCUGGUCUUCGUGGACCCGAGACGUCGAGAAUUUGGCUACUCGGACAACAGAACGAGCGCACCGCGAAUUUGAUGACACGCACUUCCAGGUCGAGAGUCGUACGCGCAACUUCUUCCUCUGCGGAGACAGCAAGGCGAGUACAGCAUGCUGGGUGACGAGUCUGGAAGGCUACCGCAAGAAGCUGAUUGAGUACGAGAAGGAUAAGAUCGCUCAUGCUGCAGCAACAGCUACUGUCAGUGCAAAAGCGUCUGCUACUGCAGCUAGAGUUUGCAGCCCACAACAAUCUCCGCUGCCUGCAGCAUCAAGAGAGGAUCGAAAAGUUGCCAAUAAAAAGAAGAGUCGAGACAAACCGGACGACGAUGAUCAUCCAACGCACGAUUCGUUCAGCUCCUCGUCUUCUUCAUCCAUGAGCUCGACAACUUCUCCAAGGUCCAAGCGAGAGAAAGCAGAUUAUUCUCGGUCAGACCGCGUGCUUCAGAGCGAACAGAGAUCUGCCUCCCCACUGGCCAAAAACAGCAGAAGCAAGAACCGAUCUCCACCUCCAUCUCCGACUGGAGAGAAACGGACUCGUGAUCGACCCCGUGAUCGAGAGCGCGGCCGUGAUCGGGACAGAGACCGAAAGUUUGAGCGUGAACACACGCGCGAGCCAAGCAACGAUCGCGAUCGGAGCAGGGACCGAGAGCGAUCAACUAAUGGUGAUGGUGACUGA